CCCCAGCAUGACCGUCGUCUGGCCCUGUGUGUAUUCCCACACCUUUCCCUAUUGUUCUCAUCUCUAAGAGCUGGCCAUCUUCAUAUACUUUAUUUUCCCUGACAGCCCUACUCUGCACUGUAUAUUGGGAAAGAAAGAAAGCCCCUCCUGUUUUCACGCAAGUCGCCCGCUUUCAUCCAGGUGAAGGUAUGCUCUAAUAGGGAGACUGCUAUUGUUCCAGUCUGGAAAGAAAAAAGGGGGCUGGUUUCGACGGGAUCUUCCUCCCAUUUUUUAACCAGGGGUGCAAGCGUGAGGAGAGAGCGUUGACAUUGGAGCUUCGGCUGCGAGCGGAGUUACAGAGAGGAGGGGACGGUGCCGAGGAGCGCCACUGGCUUACUUACUUGCUGCUUCUGUGACGAGCAGACUCUGCAGAAUUCUGAGUUGACCUCCGCCAGACACUUCGGUUCGAAACCCCGAACUGGACGGGACGCGACGCCACGCCACCAGUAUUCCGCCACUAAAGCGAACACCCACCCGACACGGGAAAACUUGGAAUCUCCGUUAAUGCAAAAUUGUCAGCUUUGGUGGUUCUUCGAAAAACAAGUUCAGUAACCAGAAAGAGUCUCGGCACUCGGGAACUUACCGGAUCUUCUGUUUCUCUCGUUACUUUAACUGCUGCUUUUUACGAGAUUUAUUUUAUUUUAAUUUGCACUUUCGGGUAUAGGCUUUAAAAAGAGCAUCACAUACGACCUGAAAUGCAGAAAAGUUAAAGGACUGUUGUAACUUCAGAUCAAAUGUGACAAUUCUGUCAACGAAAUAGUCUGGCCAUUCCAGGGUAUCAUUUUGAUAGUGGCCUAAUUUUUUAAUCGACUGUCUCUGCUUAUUGAAAAAAAAAACACCACCGGGAAUCAGUUAUAACAAGCUGUGAUUAUUAUUUUUUUCUGGAUUUUUAUUGUUGUUCAUCCACCUCCGUAUUUUUUCGUAUACCAAAGCAGAGGAAUGAAGCGCUAUAACCAAUUCUUAUUUUAACUUUUGAGAAAGAGGGGUGAGGUUCCUGAGAACGGACAACCGUCUACAUUUGACAUUAUUCCGGGAGUUGUUAUUUGACUUUAUCAAGCUUUUAUUCCACACAUUAAAGAUCAUCUCAGGCCAUCCAGAAAAUGAAACUAAUACCUUCGAGGAUGAGCUACCUACUCCUUCAUUUCCUUGCCUUAUGCUUCCAGGCUCAGGUAACCAUUCAGUCCUCGCCUAAUUUUACACAGCAUGUGAGGGAGCAGAGCCAAGUGACCGACCAGGUGAGCCGUAGGUUAAUCCGGACCUACCAGCUGUACAGCCGGACGAGUGGCAAACAUGUGCAGGUGCUGAGCAACAAGAAAAUCAACGCCAUGGCCGAAGAUGGAGACGCGCAUGCCAAGCUUAUAGUAGAGACGGACACAUUUGGAAGUCGGGUUCGAAUUAAAGGUGCAGAAACAGGAUAUUACAUCUGUAUGAACAAGAGAGGAAAAUUAAUUGGAAAGAGGAAUGGCAAAGGGAAAGAUUGUGUCUUCACUGAGAUUGUCCUGGAGAACAACUACACAGCCCUCCAGAACGCUAAAUACGAGGGCUGGUACAUGGCCUUCACACGCAGGGGCCGCCCUAGGAAAGGCUCCAAGACACGGCAGCACCAGCGGGAAGUGCACUUCAUGAAGAGGCUACCCAAGGGCCACCAGGCAUCGGAGCAACACAGACAUUUUGAGUUCAUCAACUAUCCAUUCAACAGAAGGACUAAACGUACCCGAUAUUCCAGCUCACGGUAGAAGUGACCACAAAUGGACUCUUUGUAGAGACUUGCUAUCAUUUUGUAACUAAAAAAAUAUCAACUAGUUGUUUAUAAUUUUUCCAAGCAAAUGAAAAAAGGAAUAAGAGGUUCUAUUUUUGUACUCCAACUCAAAACGGUUUUGUCUUUUUUUUUUUUUAAUUUUAUGAAUGAAUGAACUAAGAAGCACGUUCGCCACAAGGGAUACAAACAGUGUGCAUACUGUAUAUAUUACCCUGGAUAUCUGUCUAUAUAUACUGUAUAUGUGUUAUAUAUACAGUAUGUCUGUGUUUAUAUUCAGAGUGAUAUACAGCAUGUAUAUGUGAGGUAUAUUUCUGCAUUGCCCUUUUUUCAAAUCUGUGGUCUAAACUGCUGCUCAUGUCAAAAUGGAGGACCUUGAAGAUGACUUAAGACUGAGGGCACUAUUUUAUUUUUGUAUAUAUGUUUGUUAGAGUCAUAUUAUAGAAGGACUUGCCUUCAAGGCCCCAUUCAUUAGAAGCUGCUGUUUAUGUUUUGAACCACUCAGAAACAACUCUCAAGGAUCUUGUGGACUGAGAUUUUUUUUUGUUCCAUUUU